UUCCGUUCCCCGCCGUCCGAACAGUGGACCUCCUCCGGACCUCUACCAGGAUUUAUUUAAUUCUCGUGAAACUUCACUAAGAGUCGAAGUGCUUCUCUGAUGGUGUCCCCGGGAGACUCCUCGGCCUUUUCUCGACUUUUAGGAAACUAUCGGCGACUUGUUUGGGGUCCUAGAAAGCAUGGAAACGUGGUUUUUGAAUCACGUCCUCAGUCUGUCUCUGUCGGUCCUCCUGGUGGGUCUACCGGGGCCCCUCUGGGCAGGGACCCUAAGUAACAACAUCACAGAUCCGGUAACGGCGGGAUUCUAUUUCACAACCGGCACGAACGAACUGAGUGACGUAGAAAACAAUGCAACUUCAACUUCAUCCUCCAGCGAGAAUUUAUCACCAUCACAGAGGAACAUCCUGCUCACACACGCUGCUGAGACGCACACUGCAGCUGCUGGAAACUUCGACACUGAGCAGACUCAGACAGAAACAAGCAGCCUUUCACUGGAGUCCACCAGCCUGUCCACUGAGCCUCUCACCUCCACCCUGGUUGUAGUCACCACUGAGGCCAGCAGCAGCAGCAGCAGCAGCAGCAGCAGCGGGGCCUGGAAGGGCUUCACUAACACAGACCAGGUGUCAGACUCCUCCCCUGCUGUGUCAUGGAAGGAGGCUCAUUUCUGGACGUCCACAGAGGAGGACAGAUUGCCACAGGACAGCCCAGAUACCACUCUCCGACUCGGAGAUAUAUCAACCGUCCACACAGACAGCACCUACACUUCUACCACCAUCAGCAGAGCUGGGGAGAGGACCCUGCUGUCUGUCACCUCCUCUUCUAACAACAGCACCUCCUCUUUCUUUACGGAUGACUCCAACUCCUAUCAGUCUGUGUCCACCUGGGGAAAUGCAGCUAAGACUGAAGACUACACCCACAGUGAGCCAUCCACAAGGACUGAGAGCAGAGACACAACAGACCAGCACUUGACCCAGACCUCCAGGGGAAGUUUCUCAGAGAGUGGGAGCCCAGGGGAGCCCAGAGGAAUCCAGCAUUUUCACAGACAACAUAACAGCACCCAGUAUCAACACAACUCCACAUCAGAGGUCACCUCUGACUCAACACCACCCCUCAGAGUGACAGAGCUCAGCACUGACCAAUCAGAAGUAUCAGUUUCCUCCACUCCACCUCUCACGCCACCUAAUGAAGGUCUUGCUAACAUCUCAGGGACAGAUCAGGAGGUGGACUCUCAUGUUAGAACCUUCACUGAGUCCUCCACAAGAGCCCAUGGCUUCAGCACUCAGAACCAGGGGAGCACUGAUGGGUUUUUAUCACAGACAGGAGAACACAAUGUGAGCUGGAGUCUGACCACAGCACCCCCUCCAGUCAGCAGCAGUACAUCUGAAGUGGACCACUCUCUGACAGAAACUCCAGUGCUGGUUACUGAGGCCUUUCUCACCACAACACCUGUAACGGUAACAGAAAGAUCACAGACAACAGAGGAGGACACUUUUAAAGCCACUGCCUUCACCUCUACAACCUCUACACCCACCCCUCCUCCGCCUCCAUCCUCCUUCAGCUUUAUAAGCACCACCAGCAGCUCCACCCAAGAGUCACCCUCUGAGUCUACCAUCCCUUACACUACACUCCCUACCACAGCCUCCACCCUGCAGACCUCUGCAGCUCACCCAACUCAAAGCUUGUCACCCAGCCACACGCAGGGGCCUUCUACUGGGGAAACUCAGCCUACAAAUGUCACCAGACUUCAAACGGAAACCAGCACAGGCAGUUUGGAAGUCACCACAGCAACCACCCAGACCAUGACCACCACCUACACCCAAAGCACACCGACCAGGAGUACACAGACCCUGCUGACAACAGGGAAACAGACAGGCAGUGGGGCUACAGAGCUACCGGUGACUACUUCUACACCAACUGGCUUCAGCACCACGAAGGCAUCACUGCUUCCAAGAAACCCUUGUGUUUCAAACCCAUGCAUGAAUGGAGGGAUGUGUGUGAACUUAGAAGGCUAUUCAUCCACCUGCCGCUGUCAGCAGGCAUGGACAGGACCCACCUGCAACCAGGAUAUGGAUGAGUGUGAAAGGGAUCCCUGUCCUGUUGGGUCAAGAUGUGUGAACACACGAGGUUCCUUCACCUGUGAAUGUCCGCUAGGCUUUGACCUGGAGGAUGGUCGCACCUGCACCAGAGCAAAGACAUUCCUGGGAACCUUCAGUGUAAACAGACAGCCACAUGACCCUGUUGUCUUUAAGAGCGCCACCCUGCAUGAGAUCCAAAGAGAGAUCAUCCAGCUGCUCAAUGCGUCAUUGUCAGUUAUCCGAGGUUACAGCCGCUCCACGCUAAGCAGAAAAGAAGACGAAGGGGUUCGUAUCACAGCUGUCAACAUGUUUUCCAUUUCCACCGAAGUGACGAGUGCAGAGGUCUACAACAGCAUCCAGAUGUUUCUCAGUAACUGCAGCUCCUCAUUGGCUCACUGCCGGAUGGUGCUGCACCACCAGCUCACUUACCAUGCGGAAAGUCUAUGCGUGGCCCAAAAGGCUCAGUGUGAUACGGAGCGCUCCGCCUGCACGGACAACAGCGGCACCGCCUACUGCCAGUGUCUGCCAGGGUACUACAAACACAAUCCUGAAGACCUGUCCUGCUUAGAAUGUGGAGAUGGCUACAAGCUGGAAAAUGGCACCUGUGUACCAUGCAUGUUUGGAUUUGGAGGAUUCAACUGUGGAAAUUUUUACAAGCUGAUUGCAGUCGUGGUGUCACCUGCAGGGGGCGCUCUUCUACUUAUCCUCCUCAUUGCUCUGAUUGUCACCUGCUGCAAGAGAGACAAGAAUGACAUCAACAAGAUCAUCUUCAAGAGUGGAGACAUGCAGAUGUCCCCAUAUGCAGACUUCCCUAAAAGUAACCGCAUAUCGAUGGAGUGGGGGAGGGAGACCAUUGAGAUGCAGGAGAACGGCAGCACCAAGAACCUUCUGCAGAUGACUGAUAUCUACUACUCUCCUGCACUGCGAAACUCAGACCUGGAGAGAAACGGUCUCUACCCGUUUACAGGCCUCCCAGGCUCUCGCCACUCAUGCAUAUACCCCGCCCAGUGGAACCCCUCCUUCAUCAGUGAUGAUUCACGGAGAAGAGACUACUUUUAACUGCCCCUCCUUCAUCACAAACACACACAAAUAGAAACCCAUCAGUUUUUCUGGCAAUUUUGAUGUGUAAUGAUGGUUUUCUGUCACCGUGAAAAUGCUAAUAUAUUAGCCCCACUGUUUUUCAGAGCACAUUUGACCAUCUGCACUAAAGAUGCUAAUGUAUGAGCCUGCAUAUAGAUGAAAGUGCAUAUUUUUGCAAGUGAAAUGUUUCCUUGGAGUGCUCCUGUUUGGCCAUUUCAGUGUUUUUGCAUGUUUUAGCUCAUUUCCUCUAACACACACAAUACAAGCUGCUGUGGUGUUAAAGACUGAUUAAUGUGUUUGUUAUUGUCUGCCUCACAGGCAGUCACUGAUUCUCAUUUACUUCAGUGAUGAAAAACAAUAUGCAGAUGCUUUAAAUGAGCCUGAGGUUGUUGAUCUAUGACAGUAAACAUCAUAUCUGCCUUUCCUGUGGUCAUGCUGUUGACAACACAGUCUGGAAAAAUACAUUGCACAAUAAAAAUAAAAGCAGAUAUGGUGCAUACUGGACCUAUAUAAAUCAAUGUAAGUAACUGGAUCGCUUAGAUGUGGGGAAAAUGCAUUCAUAUCCAGAAACUAGCAGUUAUGUCAUGUGUAUGUAGGGUAUACAUAAGGGAUAAUAGUCAUUAUAAAACAAAAAGAAAAACAUGCAAAAACACUGACAUUGACCUCUGAACUAAAAAUAUGUGUUUGUGUGCCACUGCUGUGAUUUAUAAAAUAUUAAGGGCACAAAGCUUAAACAGACCACUUACAGCUCAAAGAACUGUUUAUUUUACCAAUAGAAGCUGAGGAAGGGCUUUGAAUCCCAAUGCCAACCUUUAUUUAUUCCCUGUAUGUCCUAAUGGUUGACAUGUAGCAUAACAGACAUCUCAUAAAUGCACACUGACAGACUGUAGAGGGAUGAACCUGUGUCUUCAAGUGAAUGUGUGUGAGUAUUUGUGUGAAUAUUUGUGUGUUGAGUGAUGCUCUGUAUACAAGAAAAAUCAUACUGUUAAUGAAUGUAAAGAUGUAUCAUAAUUAGUUGGCUAUUUCUUACAUGGAGUAUUAUUUUUGUGUGACUUUAUUCCUUUCAUUCUGGCGUUUUAGUCAGAAGUGCUUAUUUAAAUAAAAGGUUUGCACAGAA